AUUUUGGCCAAACAUCAAUAUGUCUGGUCAGCAUUAAGACAUAUCAACUAAAUUUCCAGUAGCAUGAAUCCGUGCGACCUUCCACCUUGCCCGCCGUGCCCGCCGCCGCCCCCGUACCCUGUGUGCCCGCAAACGUGUCCACCGGGGCCGCCGCCGCCACCCAGCCGCUCUAAGCCUACGAUGAGAGGGCUACACUGGUCUCAGACGAAACGCAAGCUGCUUCAAGCAAUCAUUGUGUCUGUGGCAGCGGGUGCCUGCGUCUAUGUCUUCCUUGGUUCCCGUAGAAGGGAGACCUACAGAGACUUUUAUUCAAAAGGUGAAUUUGAUGAGUGGGCUCAUGAAAUGGCCAUCAAAGGAUUGUUUCAAGGGGUGCCUGCGUCUUCUUUGAAAGAAUAAGUAGACAACUUAUGAAGACAUUCUAUCGUUGCAAAAAGUUAAUUUUAUUUAACGAACGUUUGUAGUCUCGUUACUUAUGGAGCUCUUUUUAUUAGUUAUUAAUUGAGAUAU